CUCGGAUAAACUUACUGUCCGGGGAAACCUCCCUCCGCCCGCGAGAACAAAAUUGUGGACGAAGCAACAACGACAGAUCAAGCAACCACAAUGAUUCAACUAAAAACACUAUUAAAUUGCAUUGACAACUCCGGCGCCUCGAUCGUCGAGUGCGUGAACGUCCUCAAGAAGAAGCGGCCCGCGACAAUCGGUGAUCGGAUAGUCGUCGUCGUCCAGAAGCAAAGAUCCGCAGGUUCCGAAGCCACCACCGCCGCUGCGCUUGCGAACAAGGUCCGCCGUGGUGAUAUUCGACAUGCCGUUGUUGUUCGCGUGAAGAAGGAAUUGCAGCGCCCUGAUGGUUCCCUCGUCCGAUUCGGUGAUAAUGCUUGUGUGUUGGUCAACAAGUCCGGAGACCCCAUUGGGACAAGAAUGAACGGAGUCGUCGGUCAGGAGCUACGGAACAAGAAGUGGUCCAAGAUCUUGUCAUUGGCACCCGUGCAUGUGUAA